CAAUCACAAUUCUCCUACAAAGUAGCUUGGUGGUCACUUUGGAUUUUUUUUGGUCGGAGUAAUCUUUACGAACUAUUUAAGUUUACCGGGAGCGACGACGUAUCGCUUGUUAGAUCCCAGUCUUUUUGUGUGGUUUCCCGUCGCGAGUUAGCAGCACUUGCCGAAAUAAAAGGUGGAAACGGGUUUUCUCUGAGGCGUCCUAGAGGGAGCUAACCAGCGUUAGCAUUGAGCUAACAUGACAACCGUACGAAGAGCUGCCAUCACCAUUAUCCUCCCCUGUGGUUUUGCUGGGAGCAGGCCUCCAUUAUGGACUACACACAUGAGCACAUUGCUUCCGAAUGGAUGAUUAUCGUGUCAGCCUUCCUCCAUUUGGAUCUUUGACUAAUGGUCACAGGAAUCUGCACCUACUAUCACAGGAGCACCAUCUCCAGCGGGCAAUCUCUGCACAGCAGGUAUAUGGCGAGAAGCGGGACAACAUGGUUAUCCCCGUCCCCGAGGCAGAGUGCAACAUCACGCACUACGAGUCCCUCUACCCCGGGGAGUUCAAGAUGCCAAAGCAGCUUAUUCACAUACAGCCUUUCAGUUUGGAUACAGAGCAGCCAGACUACGACCUAGAUUCUGAGGAUGACGCAUUUGUUAAUAAGCUGAAGAAGAAAAUGGAAAUCAGUGCCCUGCAGUUUGAGGAAAUGAUAGACCGACUGGAGAAAGGCAGUGGACAGCAGCUUGUCAGUCUUCAGGAAGCCAAGCUGCUUCUGAAAGAGGACGAUGAGCUAAUAAAGGAGGUGUUUGACUACUGGAGCCGCAAGAGGAAAACCAGCAAGUAUGGCUCCCUCAUCCCCCUUGUCAAGCAGGAAAAGAGGGAUGGCUCUAGCACCAGCGACCCUUACGUGGCCUUCCGCCGACGGACAGAGAAGAUGCAGACUAGAAAGAACCGAAAGAAUGACGAGGCGUCAUAUGAGAAGAUGCUGAAGCUGCGCAGGGACCUGAGCAGAGCUGUCACCAUCCUGGAGAUGAUCAAGAGGCGGGAGAAGAGCAAGAGGGAACUGCUGCACCUCACACUAGAGAUUGUGGAGAAGAGGAAUACGAUGCCAGACUUUGGCAGUGAGGUUAUGGCAGAGGCACUGGCUCAGCGGGCUCUGGUGAAGCCCAUGUACACCAUCCCCAUCAUUCCCCUGUCCAACAGUAACCAGUACAGACACCAGGACCACUUGGAUAUGAAGGACUACAAGAAGCCCGAGAAGACAGAGGCAGUUAGAACCAAACGGAAAUAUGAAAAGAAACCCAAGAUCCCUCCCCUAUCGGUGCCGCAAAAUUCAGGGCCCUCUGUGUUCAAUCCCAAGGACCUCAACCAGUAUGAUUUCCCCAGCUCAGAUGAUGAACCGUUCUCACAGAUUCAUUCAGGUUCCUCAGAGGCAGAAGAGGAGAAUGACCCAGAUGGCUGCUAUGCGUUCAGGAGGAAGGCCGGCUGUCAGUAUUACGCUACUCAUCCAGACCAGUGUAGCAACUGGCCGUGGGUAAGCCCAUCCGAGGGUGGUCUUGGUGACCCACGCUUCCGCUACUGUCUGACCUCGUUGAACAUGCCGCGGCGCUGCAUAGGUUUGGCUCGGCGCCGUGUGGGCAGGGGGGGCAGGGUCUUGUUCGACAGAGCGCAUACAGACCUGGACGACAACAUCUGUCAGAGACUCCAUUCUAACCUGAAGCCCCAGCCACCCGCCGCACCACUUCCAAGCUCUCCGCUUCGCAACUCUAACGCCAGUACCUCAGAAACCAAUACCUCGCACCCAGCCAGCUCCCCGCUCCGUCCCUCCUCUUCAUCACCCCUGUCAUCGUCGUCGACGCACAUGGACCUCAGCCAGAUUCUUUUGAACAUUACAUCUUGCCGCUGGAGGCACUUCAGACCACGGACUCUAUCCCAUCACCCCUUGUGUGGAGGAGACUUGUCUCGCAAAGGAUUUAGGGAUUUUAGCCGCACGGUGUCGGGACUAAGUCGGACCCAGUCUGGAGCAGCCAAUUCCCAGAAUCGCACGGGCCCAACCCUUGCCCCUGUCAAUGUGUUCACGGCUGAGCAGUACCAGCAGCACCAGGAGCAGCUGGCCCUCAUGCAGAAACAGCAGCUGGAGCAGAGCCAACUGCAGCAACAGGCAAACAUCCCUGUAACAACAACAACAACAAUAACAACAACAACAACCAACACACAGGCACUUGUGUCCAAGACGUUGGACCAGUCCGGGGCAGAGUUUGCCGCUUCAGCCCUCGUCACCGUGGACCAGCUUCUCACCUUCAAGUCCAAAGAGGAGCUAGUGCUGGCGAGUGGAGUCAACGGGGUCCUGGCGAGUGCAGGUGUCUUCAAAGGUUUGCACCUCUCUACAACCACGGCAGCCCUUCACCCGACCAACCAGUCCACACACACUACCACCGCCGCCGCCCCGACUUUCCUCCAGCCGUCCUCCAACUCGCUCACCCCUUCGCCCGCCAGUGCCGUCCCCGCCUCCCUCAGCGCUAACCCCAGCGCCCACGCGGCAGCGACGGCACCCCAGCAGCUGGGGCUGCUGGGAUGCAACGCUGCCGCCGCCAGCCCCGCCACCACUCAGGUCCUCAUCGGGAACAACAUAUGUCUGAGCGUGCCGUCGGCCGCCAGUCUGGCCGGACGCCACAUCCCCCGGACCCUCGGUAACGUGCCACCCACUGCCUUAAAGCUGUCGGCCGCCACCAACAUGCAGAUGCCCAAAGUCUCUGGAGCGACGUCCAUGGACAUCAGCUCAAGGGAUAAUCGUGAUGAAGACAAGCCAGCCCUGAACAGUAUAUCUGACAACACAGUGGCCAUGGAGGUGACGUAGUAGCGGUGCAGCGAGGAGUCCGCUCUUUAGGUGCUGUGCAUCGUAGCAUCGGGAAUGCAAAAGGGACAGCAGGACUCUGACGCAGACGGACAGAACGACGAGGGGCCGCGGCCGCUCGCUUGCAAUUCUCAUCUCUCAUACUUUUUAAACCCUUUUUUUGUUAGUAUUUUUGUUGCAGUUAAAGUAAAAGAUUGACAUAUGUAAAUUAUGAAUAUGGCAAAAUUAGUAUCUGUACAGUAACUACAUAUUUGUAAUACCCCUUGUAUAUACUACUUGAAUACAGAACUGUCCAUUUGUGAUGUUUUGCACUUGGGAGUUAAACUAAAAGGAAAAAAAGUAAGCCAAGUAACUUGUGGCGCGUGUGAGAGAUGUGGGAGUUGUAUAGAGAAGAAUUUUAUCACAUCAUGUGCAUGGUGCGGAGCCUGCUGUUUUUAUCUAUUUAUUGUGCUGUGUUUACAGUUUUUUUGUUUUGUUUUUGUUUGUUUUUUAUUUGUACACUGUACCUUUGUUGGUUUCUGUGCUGUAGUAAAUGUUAGGUAGCUACGGACUCCUGGGUAUUUUUGUAUAUUGUGAACAUAAAGCAGGUCCCUCCCCCACACGCAUUUAUUUUGGGUCCCUGUGCUUCUCUCUGUGGAUCGUGUGAAAAUCAGUGGUGACAUACAUACAGACCAGGAGGCCAGGAAGACGACGACAUGGUGGGUGACUGGUUCCCUCGCAGAGAGGAGCUCCUCUCCUCCCUUUGAGGGAACUUUCAUUGUCACGUUGUCCCAGACACAAGUAACAAAACAGGGAUGAAGUCUCUUCCCAGAAGCUUCUGCUGCUUCUGAUUAAAGCACUAUUUUUUUGUGACAUUUUGUUUUUGUUUAUGGUUUUGAUAAAUAUCAAUGCUGCUUUUAUAUUUUUAGUUUUUCAGGGGUUGUCCUUCAUUUUCAUGCAAGCAGGGCCCCCUUUAUAUUUGUUUAUCCCAGACACAUUUUUUUGUAUAACAAAUUCAGUUAUUUUUGUAUUUUGUUUCGUGCUCUUGUGGUAAACUUGAUUGUAAGCGUUUAAUUCAUUGAAAGACUUCAUUCUUUUGUUGAGGAGUUACUUGCAUAGGUAAGAAGGGAGGUGAAUGGGCAGUAGUCACUGUACGUGUUUCAUCAUUCCAGUUUUUAAAAGGAAAAAAAUGCUAAUGAGCAGACGGAGGGUCGUGAGCGAACAGCCGUUUUCUCCCCUCUCCUUCUGAUCUCCUUUACGUUCAUUUUGUUUUCUUUUUUUUUCUUUGAAAAAAGAAUCUCCAGACGGCUGCAAGGCCAAAAACCACAAGUAUUGGGUGCCUUCCUUUGGGGAAUUUAAUGUACUCUCUUCUGUGAAGAGUUAGGCACAAAGGCAGCAUUACCUAGUAGUGCUUCUUGUCUUUGUCAAUCUGAAUGCCCAGUCCAAUGGCAGGAUAUAUCCUUGGUUUACUUGUCCCACCUGGAGGCUGAAAAGACUAAAAAAUGUGACAGAAUUCUCACUAAAAUAAGACAAUAAAGCCCAGGGCAUUAAAUGUGAA